AUGGAGCUGUGGGGGGCGUUGACCGGCUCGAUCGGCCACUACACGGGGCUGUCUCCGGCGGCCUUCUUCACCAUACUGGCGCUGAUGUUCGUCACCUACAAGGUGGUCUGCGGCAUGUUCGUCGCCGCCGAUGACUACGCCGCCGUCAAGAGGGCCAACGAGUUCGUGGCCCGCGAGCCGGUUCAGAUGGGCGACGUCGCUGAGGAAGACCUGAGGGCUUACGAUGGGUCCGACCCGGAAAAGCCGCUGCUCAUGGCCAUCAAGGGACAGAUCUACGACGUCUCUCGCUCCAGGAUGUUCUAUGGGCCCGGUGGGCCUUAUGCACUGUUUGCCGGUAGGGAUGCAAGCAGGGCCCUGGCCCUCAUGUCAUUCGACCCAAAAGACCUCACCGGGAACAUUGAAGGCCUGAGUGAGUCCGAAUUGGAGGUUCUCCAAGACUGGGAAUAUAAGUUCAUGGAGAAGUACGUUAAAGUCGGACAAUUAGUUUCUAAAGAUGCGCCACAGUUGAAAGAAACCGAGAAUGAAGGUGAAUCGAGCAAGCAUGAUGAUGAUGGUGAUGACAAAUCGCAGGAAAAGAUAGCUGAAGGAAAUGAAAUGCAUUAA